UAGACAAUAGCUAUCUUCCUUAAAAAAUAGUCAACACGAAAGCCUACUCUGUUCUCACGUUCUCGGAUUCUUCCUGGAAAGAGCUUACGGCAGAUUCUUUCUGUACGGCAAUCGACGCGUUUUCAUAUGUAUUCUAGAGAUUCAUUUGAAAAAUAAAAAGUUGGGAUAUGUAAAGAAAAAUCGUUGACUUUUGAUAGAUGUUUUUUUCUUCCCUUUGAAAUUAAUCUGUUAUUGCGGGUAUUGGGCUGUUUUAUUGAUAAAUAGAAGCAGAAGGAACUGUCUCAAACACCAGAUUAAGAUAUCUUUCUCUUCCACCUCCUCCUUAUGUCGUCGUUGCCAUCAUCAUCAUCAUCAUCUUCUUCUUCUUCUUCUUCUUCUUCUUCUCCUCGACAGAAAUAUGAUGUUUUCUUGAGUUUUAGAGGUGAAGAUACCCGCAAAAACUUCACUGAUCAUCUAUAUGCUGCUUUAAAAAGGAAUGGAAUCGAGAAUUUCAGGGAUGAUCCAAGGCUUGAGGCUGGAGAAGAAAUCGCACCAGAACUCUUGAAAGCAAUUCAAGAAUCAUGGUGUUCACUAAUCGUUUUCUCAGAAACAUAUGCUUUUUCAGGUUGGUGCUUGGACGAACUUGCCGAGAUUGUUCAAGAGAAAAACAAGAGGGGACAUAAAAUCUUUCCAAUAUUUUAUGAAGUGGAUCCAUCUGAUUUGAGAAAACAAACAGGAAGAGUUGCUGCAGCCUUUGCCAAACACGAAGAGAGAUACACAGAAAUUAAAGACAAGAUCCAAAGGUGGCGAACUGCUUUAACUGAAGUGGCUAAUAUCAAAGGAUGGCAUUUAAAUAACAGGCCUGAAUCAGAAUUUAUUGGAGAGAUUGUUACAAUGAUAUCAGCCAAAUUAUGUCAAACAUAUUCAGAUGUUCCUCAUGGGUUGGUUGGAAUCAAUUCACGUUUGGAAGAGUUGCAAUUGAAAAUAGACAUUGGAAAAGAAGAUGAUGUCCGCAUUAUAGGAAUUUGUGGUACGGACGGUAUUGGUAAAACGACUCUUGCAAGAGUUGUUUAUAAAAUGUCUCCUCAUUUUGAAGGUAAAAGCUUUCUUGGUGAUGUUCGACUUAAUUCAGAGAUAUAUGGACUUGUUCAUUUACAGAAACAAUUUCUUUAUGAGAUUUUGAAAGAAGAUUUCAGAUUUUCAGAUGUUCAAGUAGGGAAUGGAAUCCUUAGUCGUCAGCUAUCGCACAAGAAGAUUCUUGUUGUUAUUGAUAAUGUCGAUAACCUGCAACACUUAAAAUGCUUGGUUGGAAGGCGUGAUUGGUUCGGUUUAGGGAGCCGAAUCAUCAUAACAUCCAGAGAUGAACAUUUGCUACGAUUUCACGGGGUAGAUGAUGUGUAUCAGCUUACAACAUUGGAUUUUCAUGAAGCACUUUAUCUUUUCAAAUUGAAUGCUUUCAAGAGUGAUGCAGUGCCAAGAAAAGAUUUCAUUGAGCUUUCUAAAUGUGUUGUGGGAUAUGCUGGUGGUCUUCCCUUAGCUCUUGAAGUUUUGGGAUCCAUGUUGUGGAAUAAAGAUGCUUCCCAAUGGAGAAGUGCAAUUGAAAGACUUAAAAAUGAACUUCACAAAGAUAUUCAUGAGAGGCUUCAAAUAAGCUUUGAUGGAUUAUCAGAGACACAGAAGAAUAUUUUUCUAGAUAUAGCAUGCUUCUUCAACUGGGAAAAGAAAGAUUUUGUAACAAGAGUACUAGAUGGUUGUGAGUUUUCAGCGGGUAUUGGAAUAGAUGAUCUCAUUGAUAAGUCCCUGAUAAAAAUUGAUAAAGACAACAAAUAUUUGUAGAAGCAUGACUUGCUACAAGAGAUGGGAAGAGCAAUUGUUAGAAAAAAAUCUCUUGGUGAACCUGGAAAACAAUGUAGAUUGUGGGAGACAAACGAUAUUUAUCACGUGCUAACGGAAAAUACAGUAAGUCAUUUCUUAAAUAUUACGCAUUUAUUUGUUUAUUUUGAAUCUCGACUCUACCCAAAAUAAUAAAUUGACUAUCACGAAAAAUUAUUAAGUAGGUAUAUAUUUUA